AUGCUUCAUCUCCAGCAGGCACAACAAAAAAUCAUUAUUCCCCCGUCUGCAAGUGCUACUGUUCAAUCUUUGUUACACCCAAGAAGUCGUUCGAACUCGAUAGAUAAUAAUAGCAAGAACUCCACAUUAGCAGCGGAUGUAUCUCUCGCAAGCAACAUAACUGUAAAAGACUCAGAAUUAAUUGAUUUAGAUACUAAUAAUAAGCCAAUUCCAAAUGUCAGCACAACUCAAGACUCGUCCUCAAUUUUAAGAUCAAGAUCUAAAUCACCAGACAGUCGAUUCAAAAAAAUUAAUAAAGAGGCAUUAAAUCUACCUUUGAAUUCUGCAAAACUGGUAAUAAAAAGCGUUCAAAGACCUGCUUCAGUUGUUUCUGAAGUUCCUAUAGGCUUGACAAAGGGGUUGAGCCAUGUAGUAGGGAAAACAAGUUCUGAUAUUCUUACCAUACAUGAAAAGAUACGUUCAAGAACAAGAUCUAAUUCCUUAAAUUCGAAAAAAUCGACUUUAGACUCUUCGAUUUUGGAUUCCCCAACAAUUGGCACUACAAUCGAACCAGGUACUUCUACCACAGGACAAGAGGAUGAUCUAGCAAAUUCUAGUUCCUUGAUGAAAGGUAUUGUUGGUUUGUUGACUACUGCUUCUGUCUAUGCUAACAUGGAAAAACAAAAAGGAUUUGAAAACUUGGAAAAUGAUCUAGCAUUGGAAACUGAUGAAGAAACUGAAGAGGAGGAGGAACAAACAAUUGCAAAUCCCGAUGAUUUGAGUCUGAAUGAAUUACAUGAUGAUGUAUUGUCUCCGGUAACUUCAUCGUCAAUAGCUACGAUCAAACCACCAAUGAAAAUUAUUGACACAUCGAGUACCAUUGAAGGUACUAAAUCAGAUGAUCCAAAUUUAAAUGAAGAAUUUGUAGAUGCAAGCAGUGAAGUUUCAAUUACAAAUUCAAAUCAUACUUCCUCAUCGUCUCUGUCUUCAGAGGAUAAUUGGAAGGACGCCAGAAAUAAUAAUUUAGAGCAUAUAUCUUCCAAACAACAGAAAGAAAACAGUCUUGUUUCAAAUCAAUUAGCUUCAAACGAUAUAAAUUCUUUAUCAAAGACAUCUCUGGAGAAAGAGCAUGUAAAUCCAACAUUAUAUCAAUCACAAACUCAAAAUAAUAAGAAUAAAUCUAUUGAAAAUGAAUCUAUAAGUGAUAUAAAUUCAAAUGGCUCGACUGGAAUUAAUAGAAAGCCAAAUUUAUUUAGCAUUUCUAUUGAGCCAGCAUGUGACUCAUUGGAAGACAUGGCCUCAAAAGGUACUUCGAAAACUGAUACAGAGUCAAAUAAAGGUACACUUCCCAAAAUUAUUGUAGGUUCUGCCAAUGAAGAUAUACCUACUCAAACACUACAACGUCAACUUUCAAAAACUGAAUCUGGCAUAAGUCAAUUGUCUCCAACUAAUAAAUUACUGGAGAAAUUUAGAGAAACUUUUAAUCUAUCUUCUGAUGAAAAAAUAAUAAAAAAUUUCUCCUCAUGGCUGUUGAAGGAUAUUUUAAUUCAAGGUCAUAUGUUUGUAACAAAAUAUCAUUUAUUGUUUUUUGCAUUCUUACCAAAGUCAUCUGGAACAGUAAAGUUAAGUGGUAAUUUAAAUGUGUUUUCCAAGAUUCGUGGUAGUUCACGGUAUUGGUGUGUCUUAAAGGAUGACAUUUUUACAUUGUAUACUUCUCCAACUGAUUUAUAUUUCCCAGCAUUUACAAUCGAUUUAAGAGACGUUGAAGAUAUCCAACUGAUGAAGAAUAAAAAAACGAAAGAAUUAACCAAAAAAUUUCAUAUUAUCACUAAAUCAAAAAAGUUUAAGUUCAUAGCAGAUUCAGAAUAUUCAGCAAAGACGUGGUAUAACACUUUGAAAAGACAACAAUUUACCUGUCAGAAUUCGGAGAAUAACUCGAUUAGUAUUAAAAUUCCUCUUUUAAAUAUUAUUGAUAUAAGUGAUCAAAAUAUUGCAAAUGAAGCUUUAACUUUGAGUAUUAGUGUAUUAGAAAGCCCAAAGACAUAUGCAGUUGAUGAUUAUAUAUUUGUGUUUUUAAAUGGCAUGGGUACUAAUGUCAAAAAUGCUCUAUUACUUCAGUUAAAACAAUUAGGUGACUUGGGUGUACAGGUAUUGUAUAACGAUCAGGAAAGACUUCAACUUCUAAAAGAUGAAGCAAUAGAAUUGGCUCGUGACAAGGAAAGAGAUAGAGAUGAUGUAAUAUCGAUUAUUAGUACUUUUAAAAAUUUAAAUCCACUGGGAGGUACUAUUUCAAGAGUACGGUCAAAAUCUAUGUCUGCUAUGAAUAUUGCUACUACAAAGCCUGCUUCACCCAUUAAACCUUCACAUUUACAUUUAGAAAAUCAAAAAGCACAAACUUCAAAUGAAACUCUUGAUACAGAAGGUAAUACACAAGAAGAACCCAAAGACCCAAUUCAUUACUUAAACCCACAGAAUAAUAAAGUUUUAAAGAUUGUAAGUCCUCUAUUACCUUCAACUGAAAUAGAAAAUAUUUUAACAAGUGCAAGUGAAAAAUCCUACUUACAUAAAAUACGACCAAGAAGCAACUCAUGGUUUAAGAAGCAUGAUACUUCUGUUGAAGAAAAUAUUAAUUUAACAAAACUCUCCACGGGCCACAGUACUAAAUUAAAUACGUCAGGAAUCACGCCUGAGACCAGUUCCAAGAGUACUCCGGCUGUUUUAACUGAUGCUCCAGAAGCUAUAUCGUUGGACCAAGAAUUAGUACAAUCUGGAAUCCCAUCAGGAUCAGAAUUGUCAGAAAUUGAAACUCCUACUUCAUCAAAGACAGCCGAUGAUACAAUUGUUACAACACAGGGUUCAAGGAUGAGCAGAAUAUCUGCCCCACUUAAAAAUUUAACUGGUAUUUGGAUUGCUCGCCAAUUGCACUAUCCAAAUCAAUAUAUUAAAUUUGAUCCUAAUGACAAACACCUAGUAAAAAAUGAGGACGAAAUUAGUGAUGCUAAUAAUAAAUUUAUUGAAGCAUUUAAAUUAGCAAAAUCAGAAGUUUUAAUUGCCUCCUUCUAUGCUUAUUUAAAUAGGAGUAUUCCUGCGUAUGGCAGAAUAAUGAUAUCUCAAAAUUUUAUUUGUUUUAGGUCAUUAUUACCUGGGAUUAACAUGACAAUGAUAUUGCCAAUUGAUAAUAUUAAUGGUACUGUGGAAGAAAAAGGUUUCAGAUUUGGUUACUAUGGCUUAGUUAUUGUAGUACAGGGCAAUGAGGAAUUAUUCUUUGAGGUUACGUCAAGAGCAAUCAGAGAUGAUUUGAAUGGUCUAAUCAAUAAAAUUAGAGAAGAAACACAGAAAACUGCAAAAGCCCACUCAUCUUCUUAUUUGAUAAAUGAUUUUGAAGCAGAUCCUGAAAUUGCUAAAUUGAAAUUGUUUGAAGAUAAAAUUAAUGCGUCGGAUGGGUUUGAUGUUCCAGUUAUGAUUGAUCGUAGCCCAUAUUUUAACACAAAUUCCCGUCCGAAUAAAAGUUACAAAUUUGGUUUGCUUACUAUUGGAUCUAGAGGUGAUGUCCAACCAUAUAUUGCCUUAGCUAGAGGUUUAUUGAAAGAAGGACAUGAGGUUAUUAUUAUAACACAUAAGGAUUUUAAAGAAUUUGUUACAAGCCAUAGUAUUGGAUUUGAAGAAAUUGCAGGAAAUCCUGCAGAAUUAAUGGCAUUGAUGGUUGAACAUGAAUCCAUUAAUAUUGGCAUGUUACGGGAAGCCUCUUCAAAAUUCCGUGGUUGGAUUACAGAGCUAUUGGAUACAUCUUGGGAAGCCUGCAAGAGAAAUAAUUUAGAUAUUCUAAUUGAGUCACCAUCUGCAAUGGCAGGUAUUCAUAUCGCAGAAGCUAUGCAAAUUCCAUAUUAUAGAGCAUUUACAAUGCCAUGGACAAGAACAAGAGCUUAUCCACAUGCUUUUAUUGUUCCAGAUCAAAAGAGAGGUGGUAAUUAUAAUUAUUUCACUCACGUUCUAUUUGAAAAUAUUUUUUGGAAAGGUAUUAGUGGACAGAUUAAUAAAUGGAGAGUAGAAAAAUUGAAAUUAGAAAAAACUAAUUUAACCUUAAUGCAACAAAAUAGAGUUCCAUUUUUAUAUAAUGUUUCACCCACUAUUUUCCCACCUGCCAUUGAUUUCAGCGAAUGGACCAAAGUUACAGGUUAUUGGUUUUUAGAUGAAAAGAAUGAAUAUGAACCGCCAAAGCCCCUGGUAGAAUUUAUUAGAUUAGCAAGAAUGAGACAUAAGAAAUUAGUAUAUAUUGGCUUUGGGUCCAUUGUUGUAGAUAAUGCCACUGAGAUGACAAGAGCCAUCGUUGAAGCUGUCAAAGAAGCUGAUGUAUUUUGUAUUUUAAAUAAAGGAUGGUCUGAUAGAUUAGGUGAUAAAUCUGCCACUACUAUGGAUGUUGAAUUACCCAACAGCAUUUACAAUGCUGGGUCAGUUCCACAUGAUUGGUUAUUCCCACAAGUAGAUGCAGCAGUUCAUCAUGGUGGUUCUGGUACCACAGGUGCAACUCUAAGAGCAGGUUUACCAACAAUUAUUAAACCAUUUUUUGGUGAUCAAUAUUUUUACGCAAUGAGAGUGGAAGAGAUAGGUGUUGGGUUAUCGUUAAAAAAAUUAAAUAGUAAAUCUCUAUCGAAAGCUUUGAUCACAGUAACUACUAAUAAACGAAUGAAAGCUAAGGCUCAAUUGAUUCAGAGUCAAAUAUCUAAAGAAGAUGGCGUCACCACAGCGAUUAAUUGCAUUUAUGGAGAGUUAGAAUAUGCAAGAAGUUUGAUCUUUUCUAAAAAGAGGAAAAGUAAUGGUAAUGAGAUAAAACAAACAAUUACUGCAGUUACUAAUGCAAUUACAACUGUUGUGCCUGAUAUUCGUGUUGAAGAACCAUGGACAAUUCUAUGA